AUGUCACAAGUUGCUGCACAAGCUGCAAUUAAAACAUUAUUCGAUUUAUACUGGAAAGCCAAGCCAGAGUCAAAGCAAUUAAUUCUUGAAAGAUUAGCCAACUCUGGCAAUCAUUCUCUGAUUAUAGGAUAUUUAUCUAACCAAUGGAAAGAUAUAUCCGCUGAUGCAUCCCAAAUUCCACAAGGAUUAAACUUUCUCUCACAAUAUACCAUAUGCAUUAAAGACAAAAUGACACCUCAACUCGCUCAAAUGAUUUUUGCAAUUUAUUUAAACAUCGUAAAGCAAAACCCUAUUCCUAUUUCGUAUGAUAAUUAUUCGAAGUUCCUUUCUAUAAUACUGGCAGUUCUCAAAGCAAAGAAUCAACAAGUGAUAAUGAAUCAAUUAAGCCAAUUGGAUUGGUUAUCAGAGAUGUUUCCGAUGGCACAUUGCGCAUUGUUCUUCCAGGAAGACGCUACACAGUAUGUUAAAGAGUUUUUGGCUUUAUUAAACAAAGCAACUUCAACAACUGCUUUAAGCACUUGGAAUGAGACACUUUGCGUAUUAUUGAGGGCUAAAAUAAGCUCCGGAUACGAUAAACUUGUUAUUUUUUCAUCUGUUGAUAUGACUCUCGCGUUAAAUGGCUCAUUAGAGUCAAAAAUAGACGUUUUGCUCGCAUCAUACAGAUAUUUCAAUAUACAAGAAAUUUCUCAGAUCAUGAAGAUACAUUUUGAAUUCAUUUUACAAAAAGUUACGCUUAAAAUUCCAUUAACUGUAAUUUCGAAAUUAAUUUCAUUAGCAAUAUUAUAUUUCGAUAACUGUGAUAACAAAGACUUAUUAAUCAGCCUCGUUUUUAGACAUCUUUUCGUAUUUUUACAAGAAAAUAAUUCUCAAGUCGAAAUUUUCGCAAAAUUCUGCCAAAAACUAUCCGAAACACAAAUAAAUACAAUAUUUAAAGCAUUUGCCAACAAAUUAGAGUAUACAGUCCCUUUAUUAUACAUCGCAUCGAAUUUUCCAACUCAAGAAACGUUUUCCAUACUAAUUUCUGAUGUUCCGAACUCUAUGAGAGACAUACAAUACAAGUACUUCAAGAACUACGUAAUGAGUGACAAAUUCAACAAAAAUCAGACAAUUUAUUUAUUUUCAUUACUUAAUUCACAAGAUUUCGACAUAAUUGAGAAGGUUUUGGCCAACGACAAGGUCCUAUUCAUGGUAAACAUGGUCAGAUACCUUCAAAACAACACAGAUCGCGAUAAAAUUUUCCAAAUAAUCAGAAUUUUACAAAAAUACGAAACAUUUCCAAUAAUUCAAAUAGAUGAAAUCAUUGAUUGCGUUGCCUCAUUGAUUUCCGCUUAUUUCAUGCAUGGAAUUGAAGAAAAUGAAAUUACAAUUUUAUUUAACUACUUUGACCACUGCAGGAAGGGUAUUAAAGGCGAUUUUAUCAUUCCUAAGAACGAGAAACAGACGUAUCCCACGUAUGUCAAGGAUUUCUUCAGUAGCCGUAAAGAUUGGAAAAAUAUUGUACACGAUCGUUCGUUAUCCCGCAUCAGGAAGGCUGAAAAGAGCAUGGCAGUUACAAUGAUAGCCCUUGCCGAUGAAGAUACCGCGUUUCUUCAAGGCGUUGCGUUCACAAAAGACGAUAUGAAGUUAUUAGCUGCAUAUUUUACGGCCGCCAGUACUAAUUUCGGUGAUGCCGUUCUCCAGUAUAUCGAAAAGAACGUAGUAAAGCAGUCUGGACUCCUUGGAGGCAUAUUUACCGCGAAAAUUGUUGACAAAGAGAUCUUACGAGUCGCUUUAUACACUUUUAAGUCGAUUUGCAGCUUCAUUGCCGUUACUGAUUCUCUCCUGAAUAUUCUCUUAAUGCUUUUUAAUGAGAAUUUCCAAAAUCCAUUGGACGUGUCACUUUUGUUAAAAAUUACCAAAAUAAUUUUUGACAGAUUUUCAAAGAGGAUCGACAACACAACAUUGAUAGAUAAGUUGUGUGACAUGUGCGAAAAAGUUGACUCCGUUUCAUUUGAACAAACAAUGAUUUCUCUCUUGAAAUCGAAUAAUGAUUUGUCUCAAAAGGGAGCAGAGAAGGUUUGCAAGUCAUGGAUAACAGUUCUAAUAAAUCCACAAACACCUCUCAUAGAAAAAUCCGAUUUCGAAAAGGAAUUUCUUGAGAAAAAUUAUUACCAAAUAACAAAUAAAAUUUUUGUCGAAAAUUUGACAAAAAUUUUAUCGGAAAAGUGCCACAACGAUAACAUUUUUAUGUCAUUCAAGCGGUAUUUAGAGAUUGACAACGCUUCCAUUCGCAAGUACCUUUAUAUUUUCAUUGGAAACCUUCUUCAAAGUUCGAAAAUCAUUUCUAAAUUCGCACAAGAAAACGUCAGACAAAUAACAAAUGUUACAUCGUAUUUGCCUGAUAACAUGGAUACAAACGACGCAUACGAGAAAUCCCUGCCAUUCUUUAACGAACUCAUUGUAAGAUUGGCUUUUAAUUUUGAAGAAUUGUUCGAAAUUUCUGAGAAUCUUCUCAAAAUUUGUGACAAACCGUUUUAUGAAUUAUCAUUGUUUUAUUUCAGUUUGGCGAAGCAUUCCGGGAAAUAUUUAUUAGUUAACCAAGGCAAUUUGUUAAUGAAAUACCUUUCUUUGACAUCGAAUUCGAAUUCUGUCAUUGAAAAAUACAAUGAACAAAUUAUUUUGAAUUUAUUUGACAGUUAUCCGAAAUUGUUGAUGAACUUGUUGUUGUUUAAUGGCCAACACAAACCAACUGAAGCAAUGUACGACUUACUCACGAAAAUCAGGAGUUUUCCAACAACAUUUUUCGAUAUUUCGACAAAUUUGAUUGAAACUGAGACAUUAAACAUGAAUUUUGUCUUCAGGCUGUCGAAAUUCUUCUUCUUCGCUUUGAAUUCCAGACAAAUAACUGUUGAUUACAGAUGUUACGAAGUUUUUCUUUUGAUUUUGACUUUGUCAAAUUUGUUUUCAAAUGAUGAGAACUUUGAAACUGUUUUAGAACAGACACAAGUAAUUAACAGCAUCUCAAACAUUUUGUUGAAGACAGAGAUGACCAUGAAAACUGGUGAAAGCGGUUAUCUUCAAACCGUCGGAUUAUUUACCAAAAAUUGUUACAAAAAUUUACAAAAUUCAAAUGACCAAUUAAAACUUUUACAAAGUAUUGCGAAAUACUCAAAGUCUGCAACACUUUUCUUUAUGAAUACUUGUUUCGUUGUUUGGUCUUUCGCUAUAUUUAAUGAUAACAAACUCUUGGAAAAUGUUUCUAUUGUUCUUUCCGACAAAAGAUUGACAAAAACAAAUCAUUGCAAUUUGUUGAAAGUUUUGUGUUCAAAAGUGACAAACGAUACGUUCAAAAACGUGACACAAAAUGUAAUUAAAUCAUUUUACAACAGUUUUGUUAUUUGUUCAACAAUUAUUGAUAAGAAGAAUUCUGAUUUUCUUUCGAAAGGAUUCAUUUUAAUUUAUAAUAAUUUGGACAACGAUUUGUUCAAACAAGAAAAGAAUAAUAUCUUAGAAAUUGUUAGGAAACUGAUUGUUUUUUCGGAUUCAAAGAUAUAUGAGAAAGAAGAUUUCUUAGUUUUCUUGCAGAAGUUCAUUAAAUUGAGUGAGAUGCAGAUUCCUGUUUGUUUCCCUGAUAUUUUCUUUGAAAUGACAAAAAUUUUGUUGCAAACGAAAGAUUUGAAGUUGUUUAAGAUAUGCUAUGGAAAUGAUAUUGAUGUUAAGAAGAUAUACAAGGAUACUGCAGCUCUCGUUGGACAGAAAUAUGUUCAGAUAGCUCAGAUUGCUAUAAAUACUUUUAACAGUAAUAAUAAAUUAAAUAUAGAGGAUUUGACAAUUUUAAAUUACAUUGUUUCUCCUCUUUCCAGCCUCGAAUGCGAUAGAUUAGAUGUCUUAGAUCAGUUUGCAAAGAUUCUUAAGAAUGCAGCAUUGACAGGAAAUGAUGAUCUAGCUGUUCUUGCUAUAAAUAUGCUCGCAGAUUUAGUUUAA